AUGCGGGAAGUGAUAUCUGUUCAUGUUGGACAAGCUGGAGUUCAGAUAGGCAACGCAUGUUGGGAGCUUUUUUGUUUGGAACAUGGUAUCCAACCUGACGGCUGUAUACCUUCAGAUAAGCAAGAUCAAAUUGACGAAUCAUUUUCUACUUUUUUUUCUGACACUGGUAACGGUCGUCAUGUUCCGCGUGCUGUUAUGGUGGACUUGGAGCCAACUGUAGUCGACGAGAUUCGGACUGGAACGUAUAAACAACUGUUUCAUCCUGAGCAGAUGGUUACUGGUAAAGAAGACGCUGCUAACAAUUUUGCACGUGGUCAUUAUACUGUUGGAAGGGAAUUUAUUGAAAUAGUAGUGGACAGAAUUCGUCGACUUGCUGAAGAUUGCACUGGGCUUCAAGGAUUCUUGAUUUUCCAUUCAUUUGGUGGCGGCACUGGUUCUGGUUUCACAUCAUUGUUAAUGGAACGUUUAUCACUGGAUUAUGGUAAAAAGAGCAAAUUAGAGUUUUCGAUUUAUCCGGCUCCGCAAGUUUCGACCGCGGUGGUGGAACCAUACAACUCUAUUCUUACAACACAUGGAACACUAGAACACACAGACUGUUCUUUCAUGGUGGAUAACGAAGCCAUAUAUGACAUCUGUCGUCACAGUCUAGAUGUCGAACGCCCUUCAUACACCAAUCUCAACCGUCUUAUAUCGCAGGUUGUUUCUUCAAUUACCGCUUCGUUACGAUUUGAUGGCGCACUGAACGUAGAUCUGACCGAAUUUCAAACCAACCUUGUGCCUUAUCCUAGAAUUCAUUUCCCACUUGUCAAUUAUGCUCCAGUUAUUUCUGCAGAGAAGGCGUAUCAUGAGGCUUUGAAAGUGGCUGAUAUUACAAAUGCAUGUUUUGAACCAAAUAACCAGAUGGUAAAGUGUAAUCCGAGAAACGGGAAAUAUAUGGCCGUUUGCUUGCUGUAUCGCGGUGAUGUUGUACCAAAAGACGUUAAUGCAGCUAUCGCAACUAUAAAAACGAAACGGAACAUUCAAUUUGUAGAAUGGUGUCCCACCGGUUUUAAGGUUGGCAUCAAUUAUCAGCCUCCAACUGUUGUUCCUGGUGGCGACUUGGCUAAAGUACCACGUGCAGUUUGUAUGCUUGCAAAUACUACAGCUAUUGACGAUGCUUGGGCGAGACUUAAUUACAAAUUUGAUUUGAUGUACGCUAAAAGAGCAUUUGUUCACUGGUAUGUUGGAGAAGGAAUGGAAGAAGGAGAGUUCUCAGAAGCGCGAGAAGAUUUGGCUGCUCUCGAGAAAGAUUACUCGGAAGUAAGUAAUAUAUAG